AUGCCUUUCACGAAACAAUGGCUGAUUAAACGUUGUAAUCAACGAUUAUUGUUGAUUCAUUUUCAUUUUUCUCUUAGCAGAAACACUUUUCUUUUCUGCCUACGUAAUAUUUUUUCAAUUUCUCUUUCUUUAUUUCUUUCUCUCUUUCUUUUUCUUUCUUUCUUUCUUUCUUUCUUUCUUUAUUUAUUUAUUUAUUUAUUUCUCUUUUUCUUUCUUUCUCUCUUUCUUUUUCUUUCUUUCUUUCUCUCUUUCUUUUUCUUUCUUUCUUUCUUUCUUUCUUUCGCACUGCCUUUACAAGCAACGUUUUCGCCUUCUCUAUCAAUCUCUUGCCUUGCCUCUCUCUAUCGCGUUUGCUUUCUCUUUUUCUUUCUCUUUAUCAUCUUGCUCUUCUAUCUCUCUACUUCUCCCUUCUUGUCUCUUUCGCUUCCCUUCCACCCCCACCGGUCUCUAUAUCCUCCUCUUUUCUCUCUCUCCACCCCCCCUCUCUCUCUCUUUCUUUCUCUCUCUCUCACUCUCUCAUCCGCUUCUUACAGAAGUUUUGUUUUGUUUUCUCCAUCUGUUCAUAUCUAUGUAUCUCAGUCUGUUCAUAUCUAUCUAUCUAUCUCAAUCUGUUCAUAUCUAUCUAAUCUCAGUCUAUUUAUAUCAAUGUAUGCAUCUCUGUCUGUUCAUAUCUAUCUAUCUAUCUAUCUAUCUAUCUCAAUCUGUUCAUAUCUAUUUAUCUAUCUAAUCUCUGUUCAUAUCUAUCUAUGUAUCUCUGUCUGUUCAUAUCUAUCUAUCUAUCUAUCUAUCUAUCUAUCUUCUAGUCUAUUCAUAUCUAUCUAUCUAUCUAUCUUCUAG